UUUCAGUGUGCGCGGUUGUCUUUUGUUGUCUGAGCAGGUUCCUCACAGCCUUGUACGGCGUGCUCGGGGAAAAUACAAAGAUAUUUUAUUCCUCCCCCAACUAUAAUAGCACUAUUAGUUGAGGAAACAUGUCGGUGGGCAUCGAGUUGGGCUUUUCUAACGACGAGGUGCUGAAUACGCGCUUUCCGUUACACCGAGCCUGCAGGGACGGAGACGUGCGCGCGCUCUGCUCCCUGCUGCAGCGCCCCGGCGACCGAGCACAGCUCCAGGCGGAGGACUCCUUCUACGGCUGGACUCCCAUUCACUGGGCGGCACACUUCGGAAAGCUGGAGUGUGUAUUGCGAUUGGUACAGGUGGGCUGUGAGGUGAACGCUGUGACAACACGCUUUUCACAGACUCCGGCACAUAUCGCUGCAUUCGGAGGACACCCAGAGUGCCUUGUUUGGCUCCUGCAGGCUGGUGCUGAGAUCAACAGACAGGAUUAUAUGGGUGAAGCUCCCAUCCAUAAAGCUGCAAGGGCAGGUAGCAUGGAGUGUAUCAAUGCCCUGUUGUUCUCAGGUGCAAAACCAGAAUCAAGGAACGCAAACGGAUUGACUGCGGCCGACCUGGCCCGUGCACAAGGCUUCCAGGACUGUGCUCAGCUCCUCUCCAACGCAGAGAAUCAACUCAAGCACCUUAAUGGGUUUGGCCAUAAUGGAACUGACCUCACCCACAUCCAAGGGCGGAGUCUUCUUAAUGGGGUAACCAAUAGGAAGAGGCUCCAUGAUUGCUCAGAAUUGAAUCAUUUGAAGAAAGCAAGAAUUGAUUGCUUGGAUUUUCCUGUGAAGCCUGUCAGUGCCAUGGAGGAAGAUAUUGAAAGUAUGCAUGUAGAAUCUGCCCCAGACAACCAAUCAGAUGGCACCAUAGAAAUAGCCACAGGCUUAAGCAAUGGCCAUGCACAAGAGAAGAGUUUUGAAACAAAUGGCCAUUGCCACCCACACCAGCCUGAUGCACCCGAGCUGGGCAGUAACAUGUGCGGCUCACUGCACCUCAGCGGCAGCCCCAGCAGCUACAUGUCUCACAGGCCCUUGUGGGCCACGUUCUCAUCAGACUUCAGCGAUCAUCUGCACUACGGCCACUACCACGGCUUUGGAGACACGGCUGAAGACCUGGAGGACACUGUAAGCCGUCACGAGCACAUAACCACUGUGAAGCUUGAGCAGCACUACAACCAAGAGGUGUUAAAUGCUAUGCAGCUGUUUCAUGGAUCAUGAAGGGGUUAGAGUCCAUCUCUUUGUAUAAAAAGUGGGCGUAAAGAGCCACCCAGCCGCCUUAAACCUUAACCAGUUUACCCUAUCUUUGUUCUUGCACCUUAAAAAAAGGCCACAGUAAAAGGAGUUGAUUUGUUGCGGGGGAGGCUUUGUACCAAAGGGGUAUUUGUGUUUUUUGUAUCUGACUUUUUGUGAACUCUUUAUUUUAUGCUAUGUUUGAAUAAUAGAAUAACUGAUAAUGGUUAAGUAGAGCAACAGUGGAUGAUUUGUUGAUAACUGGUGCAUUCAGCUUUCCUAUAUUGUUUUCACACUUUCUGACCACAGGAGAAUGAAGAAACAUUGAAAUAUCCUUUGUAAGGUUUCCGUUUGUGUGUGGGGAUCUGUGCAGAUAUUUUCCCCCUUAAGCAGUUUGUUUGGCACUAGCAUUAUAAAAUGUAUGGAACAAUUUGUUUCAAGUUGAGUGGUAUGGGUUAUGUAAAAGUAUUUGUUUUGAGGAAAAUGGACAUUUUUGACAUUCCUUGGAUCUUUUGUGUUGUGAUUACAUAAAAGU